AUAGAGAGAGAGAGAGAGAGAGAACGCAAGGAUCUUCGCGUCUGCAAGGGCCCGAUGGUUGUCUUGGCAGGCGUAGUUCGUCCUGCUCCCGCUUAUUUUGGCUCUUUUGCCUGUUUCAAGCGUGAAAAAUCUCUCUGCAGCUCUGCAAUAUCGUCGUUCUCUAGACUUGGAUCCUCUCCUUUCAAGCGGGUUCUCCAAGCUCGCCUUCAAUCAAGUUUUGCCGAUGGGAAUACUGGAUCGCAAACACCCACAGAGCAUUCUGAAAUCAUAUUUUUGGGCACUGGAACUAGUGAAGGAAUCCCGCGUGUGAGCUGUCUCACGGAUCCUGUGAAGAAAUGUGGGGUUUGCUUCAAAGCUACAGAGCCCGGUAAUAAGAACAGGAGACUGAACACAAGUAUUCUUAUCCGCCAUUCUAAAGCAUCUGGAACACGUAACAUUCUCAUAGAUGCUGGCAAGUUUUUCUACCAUAGUGCUCUUCAAUGGUUUCCUACUUAUGGGAUAAGAACUAUUGAUGCGGUCGUUAUUACCCAUUCUCAUGCUGAUGCAAUUGGAGGUCUUGAUGAUCUCCGUGAUUGGACAAACAAUGUUCAGUCAAAUAUCCCAAUUUUUGUAGCUCUGCGUGAUUUUGAGGUGAUGAAGAAGACGCAUUAUUAUUUAGUGGAUACAAGUGUCAUCAUACCUGGUGCUGCAGUCUCAGAAUUGCAAUUUAACAUCAUUCAUGAGGAACCGUUCAUUGUUCAUGAUCUUCAGGUUACUCCUUUACCAGUGUGGCAUGGGCGUGGUUAUCGGUCACUUGGCUUUCGUUUUGGUAAUAUUUGUUACAUUAGUGAUGCUAGUGAGAUACCAGAGGAAACUUAUCGACUUCUCAAGGACUGCGAAAUCUUGAUUUUGGAUGCACUACGGCCAGACCGAUCGUCUGCAACACAUUUUGGACUACCCAAAGCUUUGGAGGAAGUUCGUAAAAUUCGACCAAAGAGAACACUUUUCACAGGAAUGAUGCAUCUAAUGGAUCAUGAUAAGGUUACCGAAUAUCUUGACAAGUUAAGGGAAACAGAAGGCCUGGAUGUUCAACUAAGCUAUGAUGGUCUUCGCAUUCCUGUAUCACUUUAGGAUUCAGCUAUUGUGUUAAUCUUUGAUUUGGCUUAUUUCCCAAUAAAUGUGAUUAUUUGGUGAAUCUGAAAUUCACGAAAGUUCAACUACAAUUUUGAGAUCUUAAGCAAUAAGAAGUUUUGGCUGAGUUGGUCCUUCAUUC